GUGGUUUCAUUUGAAAGCUGGUGGCAGAGUUUUGAAGAGGAAUUGUAUUUUGCUGGUUCUACAUAACUGAUACUCACACAUGUGUUGUGUCUCCAGUAGUUCUGCAAAGAAGGGACACCCUGGAGGAGAGGAGAGGCUGUGCUGUGGCUGUGGCACCUUGCAGAGUUCUCAGAGGUGAAGCAGGACUGGCCGAGCUGGGCUGGCUCUGAAUCCUGGCUCUCUUCCUGUCUUCCACAGAAUUUCCAAAACUUGUAUGGUUUCAAAAUUGAACAAAAGACUGGAAAUUGAAAUAAUCUUCACAUUUUGUUGAAUGAAGAAGUAACCAUGGAACGAAGGCAAAGAGGAGUCAGUGCUGGACUGCUUUUGCUGCUUUAUCAAAUUUCUCAAGUUGGGCUCCAGAACAUUCCUUCUGUUACCCUUGGGGUACUUGUGCUGAAUAUUUUUCUCUUUCUGAAUCCUUUGAGGCCGCUCUCUGAAGUGUGUCUCAGUGUAAAUGAAGCUGUCCACAAAAAGAACUGGCAGCGUUUGCUGCUUUCUCCUUUCCACCAUGCAGAUGAUUGGCACUUGUAUUAUAACAUGAUUUCCAUGCUCUGGAAGGGCAUAAUGCUGGAAAGAAAGCUGAAGAGUAUAUGGUUUGCCUACAUAAUUGCAGUAUUUUCAGUACUGAUUGGAGUAGUUUACAUGGUGCUGGAAGUCCUGCUUGUGAUAAUUCUGGAUGAUCCUUCCUAUGAAAUGAAUUGUGGCGUAGGUUUUUCAGGAGUCUUGUUUGCUUUGAAAGUUCUGAACAACCAUUACAACCCAGGAAGAGUGAGCAGUGUCUUUGGAUUGCCCAUAUCCAGUAAAUAUGCUUGUUGGGUGGAGCUGCUGGCUAUUCAUUUCAUCUCCCCAGGGACUUCUUUUGCUGGGCAUCUGUCAGGGAUUCUUGUUGGAUUAAUGUACACUAUGGGACCUCUGAAAAAGAUCAUGCGAGCCUGUGCAGCUGGCAUUUCUUUCUUCACUGAGCCUGACAGGCCAAGGGACUACUAUUCAGAGUAUUAUGGCUAUUAUCCAGAUUAUCAAUACAGAGCUCCAAGGAGCUACUUUGAUUAUACAGGUGGGCUCACUGAAGAAGAACAGCUUGAAAGGGCAGUGCUAAACAGUCUUAAUGAAAGAGAUUUUGGUGGAGGAACACACAAUCAUGAGCAGCGACCUUAUGGGUUUUGGUUUCCACCUGAGAACUCAGAAGAGAACAUGAGAAGGCGAAGGCUUCGUAGGUUUGACAGAUGAUGAAGUGGGCAGGUGUUGAUGUAAAGUGCUAUUCAGGCUUACCAAAAUAUUUACAGAUUUAUUUGUAAUCUGUAAUUUACAGAAUAAUUUAUAAUAUUUUCCAUUAUUUUUACUACUUGUUGCAAAACUGCGUAGGAUUUUGUGAGUUCAGACUCAAAGUUGGAACUUGAAUAAAAACAUGUGAGAUAGGAAUGAAUAUGUGAUCUUUGGCCGUCUCCAUCUUAAUGCACCUUAAAUGGAAGAAGACUGAUGGUUUUUCCAAACUGUGUUUUUUUCCUUAAAUUAUUUUGUAUAGCUUUAAGAAUUCCUCGGCUUCUUGACUGCUGAUGUUCUCAGACAACAGGUUUUCUUCAUCCAUUGCAACUGAAAUGUUAUGUUUUCUGUGUAACUUUAAAACUAUGCAAUUUUUCCUCACAAACCUUUCUCAGUUAUCUCUGAUGACCAGUUCAUUUUUUAGGAUUACCAUAUGAAAUGACACUUGAAAAGAUUGGUUUGAUGACAGUAGCUGGGUUAUGUGAAUCUAGGCUUAAGCUCUUGAGCAGACAAAUAGUUGCAGCUAUCCUUCCCCUGCUGUCCUUACCAAGGAAUUUUUCAAUACAAACUUCAGUGUGGCAGUCUUCCUCACACCAUAUUAUCUAGAACUUGGAUGAGAUAAAACUGAAUGGUUACUACUUAUGUUUUCCUAAAGCCUUUCUUAAUAUUUAUGUUUUAAAUCAAAAACUGCUGCUCUUUACAGAGCUGAAAUAAUUUAUUAGGAGUUUUCUGUAAAGGUAGGUGGCUAUGCCAUACAAAGCAUAUAUUUAUUUACUAAUAUUUUUUAAGUGUCUGUUUCCCUUUCUAAGAAGGCUUGGAAAUUUUCUUUUGUAUAUGCUGUUCAUGCAGCUUUAAAAAUUCCACUAUUUCUCAAUAUUUAUCUUGUUUGAAGACCAAUCUCAGAGCUGAGAGUUUGUAGACUUGUGGAGAUCACACCUAAACACAGGCUACCUUGAAUUCUUCAUUUUUGAGAAUUUCCUUACCCAGCCAGAGGAGUUGACAGGAGACCUGAGAGCUCAGUGUCCUACUGGGCACACCCUCCACAUAAGUCUGUCCUCUCUAUGGCACUGCUGCCUCUUAAUGUUAACUGAUGAACCUUCAGGGCUUUGGUUUCCAGUAUCACCAUGAAAAUCACUCCUUGUCCAGGCAUUUUAUCCUCAGAAUGAAAGAACUUGGGGGUGUUCCUGUAAAUCUGUUGCAGAGAGGUGUGAUUGCAGAAGAAUAAUUUGGUUAUUGGCUUUUGACACAGACCUGUUGGAUUCUCCUCAUCAGCACUGAAGGAGUGAGGAUUAGAUAAGCAGUUCAAGGGUUUCACCAACCUGUGUUUUAUGAAGUCUACUUUUCUAUGAGGUUAUUUUUUUAAUAUAAAAAACAGUGCUGUAUAUUUCAUACAGAAAAAUAUCCUGAAAGGAAUUUUUUUACUGUGUUCUUUAAAUAAAUAGUACCUGCCCUUUCUGUUUGUAGCUAAUGUAUGUAAGUGAAGCUCUGGUUUGCUGGGUAAAGCACAAUAUCAGGAUGCAGACUUAGGGCUCAAGGUUUUGGGACACAACAGGCACAACUGCAGUGGGAAUCCAGGUACAGACAGAAUGCUGAUUUCUGGUGUGUUCUUGGGCUUGGUUGAUUUUGUAUAUAUGCAAUAGCCGUAGAAUAAAACAGCAGACACUUUUAUAGAAGGCCAACUUUUUUGUGUUCACUGAAAAUAAGUCUCAAAAAUCUGUAUACUUUUCUCAGCAGGUAAUAAUCAGAUGUAAAUGAGAAGAAUGUAGCAUUGGUUCCUCAGAAAUCCUUUAAUGCUCUGGUCAAAAGUUGCAGUGUAACAUACUGUGUGUGCUAAACUGAUAUUUUUCUUGUUUAAAAGCACAGGAUGUGCUGCUAGUCAGGUAAAAAAAAUACUUAAGGAAAAUCAAAAACCCGAUUAAAAUUUAUAAGCACUUGGUUUUGUAAAGUGAACUUAGACAUACAUGCCAUUAAAUAUUCACAGAAAGUUUCAGUACUAAUAAAUGUUCUGUUGUUUUGACUUUCUUUUGUAUACAGAAUUGAAAUAAAUAUUUUUUUAACGUUUAAA